GUAAUCAAACUCAAUUUUGAAGAAUUUGACUUGGAGAGAGGAUAUGAUACAUUAACUGUGGGAGAUGGAGGCCAGGUUGGAGACCAGAAAAGUGUGCUUUAUGUUUUAACAGGUACAACCGUCCCUGAUCUGAUUGUCAGCACUCAACACCAGAUGUGGCUCCUCUUCCAGACUGAUAGCGUGAGGAACCUACUAGGGUUCAAAGCAACCUAUGAAGAAAUUGACCAGGGAAGCUGUGGAGAUCCUGGAAUGCUAGCAUAUGGCAAGAGAGAAGGGUCAACAUUUCGCCACGGAGACUCGUUGACAUUUGAAUGCCAGCCUGCAUUUGAACUGAAGGGGCAGAAAACGAUCACUUGUCAAAAAAGUAGCCAGUGGUCUUCUCAGAAACCAGUCUGUGUUUCCUUCAGACACAAUGAGUGUCCUGAUCCAGGAGUGCCGGUCAAUGGGAAGCGCUUUGGUGAUAGCCUCCAACUUGGCAGCUCAGUCUCUUUCCUAUGUGAUGAAGGCUUCAUAAGGACCCAUGGCUCAGAAACAGUCACCUGUGUCUUGAAAGAAGGCAAUGUAGUUUGGGAUAAUGCAGUCCUGAGAUGUGAAGCUCCCUGUGGUGGCCACCUGACCUCGCCAAAUGGAAUGAUCCUGUCUCCAGGGUGGCCGGGAUUCUACAAGGACUCUCUCAACUGUGCAUGGGUCAUUGAAGCUCAACCAGGGUACCCAAUCAAAAUCACAUUCGACAGGUUUAAAACGGAGGUGAAUUAUGACACGCUGGAAGUGCGUGAUGGCAAAUCCUACUCAUCUCCCUUGAUUGGAGUUUAUGAUGGGACUCAGGUCCCCCAGUUCCUCAUCAGCACCAGCAAUUUCCUCUACCUGCUCUUCACCACAGACAAAAGUCACUCAGACGUUGGCUUUCAGAUCCACUAUGAAACGGUAAAGCUCCAGUCUGAUCACUGCUUGGAUCCAGGGAUUCCGGUCAAUGGGCUACGAUAUGGGAAUGAUUUCUAUGUGGGGGCCCUGGUGUCUUUCGGCUGUGAUCCAGGGUAUACCUUGAGCGAUAGUGAAGCUCUGGAAUGUGAACCAAAUUUUCAGUGGAGCAGGCCACUUCCAAGCUGUGAAGCUCUCUGUGGAGGCUACAUUCAAGGAUCAAGUGGCACUGUGUUAUCCCCAGGCUUUCCAGAUUUCUACCCCAAUAAUUUAAACUGCACUUGGGUUAUAGAAGCUUCUCAUGGCAAAGGUGUUUUCUUCACUUUCCACACUUUCCACUUGGAGAGUGGUCACGACUACCUGUUGAUCACUGAAAAUGGCAGCUUCACCCAGCCUCUGAAACAGCUCACUGGUUCCCACCUGCCUGCUCCUUUCAGCGCUGGCCUCUUUGGGAAUUUCUCUGCUCAGAUCCGCUUCAUCUCUGACUUCUCCAUUUCUUAUGAAGGCUUCAACAUCACUUUUUCAGAAUAUGACUUAGAACCUUGUGAUGAGCCCGAAGUGCCGAUCUACAGCAUCCGCAAAGGUCUUCAGUUUGGCGUGGGGGACAUCUUGACUUUCUCCUGCUUCCCUGGGUACCGACUGGAAGGUGUCUUCAGCAUUACUUGCCUGGGCGGUCGACGGCGUGUGUGGAGUUCGCCACUGCCAAGGUGUGUUGCGGAAUGUGGUUCCUCUGUGACGGGGACUCAGGGUGUUCUCCUAUCUCCAAAUUAUCCCCUAAACUACAACAGCUACCACGAAUGUAUCUAUUCCAUCCAGACGCAGCCAGGAAAAGGAAUUCAGCUCAAAGCCAGGGCGUUCAGUUUGGAAGCUGGAGAUGUCCUCAAGAUUUAUGAUGGCAACAAUAACUCGGCUCGCCUGCUGGGCUCCUUCAGCCGUGCCGAGAUGUUGGGUCUUAAUGUCAACAGCACUUCCAGCUCGAUGUGGCUUGAAUUCAUCACAGAUGGAAAUGGCACGGAUCAAGGUUUUGAGUUGCAGUUUUCUAGUUUUGAUUUAAUCAAGUGUGAGAACCCUGGUAUCCCGCAAUUUGGCUAUAAAGUCCACGAUGAGGGACAUUUUGCAGGCAGCUCUGUCUCUUUCAAUUGUGACCCUGGCUACACAUUACGCGGAAGCCGUGGGCUUACUUGCUUGACUGGAGAGCGAAGAUCCUGGGACCAGCCUCUCCCCACCUGCGUAGCUGAGUGUGGGGGCAGCAUUCGAGGUGAGUCUUCAGGAAGAAUCCUGUCUCCAGGGUUUCCAACGCCCUAUGAUCACAAUCUCAACUGUGUCUGGACAAUUGAAGCAGAGGCGGGUUGCACAAUAGGACUCCACUUCAUAGUUUUCCAUACAGAGGACUUCCAUGACGUUUUGAGGAUCUGGGAUGGGCCAGUGGAGAAGAGCAUCCUCCUGAAAGAAGUUAGUGGUUCUGUCUUGCCCAAUGAUGUCCACAGCACCUUCAACCUGGUGGUCCUUCAGUUCAACACGGACUUUUUCACCAGCAAACAGGGAUUUGCCAUUCAGUUUUCAGUGUCCACCGCCACCUCCUGCAAUGACCCUGGGAUUCCACAAAACGGGAGUCGGAGCGGUGACAGCAAGGAGGCAGGAGACAACAUCAUCUUCCAGUGUGAUCCAGGAUACACCUUGCAGGGGGACGCCAAGAUCAGCUGUAUGCAGAUUGAGAACAGGUUCUUCUGGCAGCCUGACCCACCCACCUGCAUAGCACCUUGUGGUGGGAUCCUGGCAGGACCUUCCGGGGUUAUCUUGUCCCCCGGUUACCCAGAGCCUUACCCUCCAGGAAAAGAGUGCGAUUGGAAGCUGACUGUCUCCCCGGAUUAUGUCAUUGCUCUGGUGUUUCAAACGUUUAAUUUGGAACCCGGGUAUGAUUUCCUGCACAUCUAUGAUGGGCCCAGCUCACUUAGUCCCCUGAUUGGGAGUUUCUAUGAUACCCAAGUCCCAGAGAGGAUUGAGAGCAGCAGUAACAACCUCUUCCUGGCCUUCCGCAGUGAUGCUUCUGUCAGCAACACAGGAUUUGUCAUCCAUUACACAGAAAACCCCAGAGAAUCCUGCUUUGAUCCAGGUCUAAUUAAGAAUGGGACUCGAGCUGGAAGUGAGCUGAAGCUGGGCUCCACAAUCACAUACUACUGUGACAGUGGUUAUAUGAUUGAAGGGGUGUCCACUGUGACGUGUGUCAUGGGAGGAGAUGGGAAACCUGUGUGGAACAAGCCAAGGCCCAUGUGCACAGCACCAUGUGGAGGUCAGUACACGGGGUCGGAUGGUGUCGUCCUGUCCCCCAACUACCCUCAGAACUACACCAGUGGACAAGUGUGCCUGUAUUUCAUCGUUGUGCCCAAAGAUUAUGUGGUAUUUGGCCAGUUUGCCUUCUUCCAGACAGCUCUCCAUGACAUCAUUGAAGUACAUGAUGGUCAAAACCAACAUUCCCGCCUCCUCAGUUCUCUCUCUGGUUCUCAUACAGGUGAAUCAUUGCCUCUGGCUACCACCAACCAAAUAUUGAUCAAAUUCAGUGCCAAAGGGCAGGCCACAGCCAAAGGUUUCCAUUUUGUCUAUCAAGCGGUUCCACGAACCAGUGCCACCCAGUGCAGUUCGGUGCCAGAGCCCCGCUACGGGAGACGGAUUGGCAGCGAUUUCUCGGUGGGGGCUAUGAUCCAGUUUGAGUGUAUUGCUGGAUAUGCCCUCAAAGGGUCCCACAGCAUUGAAUGCCUGACGAUGCCUGGAACUCUGGCCCAGUGGAACACUUCGGUGCCUACUUGUCUUGUGCCUUGUGGUGGAAACUUAACAGAGCGAAAAGGCACCAUUUUGUCCCCUGGAUUCCCUGAGCCCUACUUGAACAGCCUCAACUGUGUGUGGAAAAUAACGGUCCCUGAAGGCGCUGGGAUUCAGAUUCAAGUGAUCAGUUUUGUCACAGAACAGAACUGGGAUUCACUAGAAGUCUUUGAUGGAGGGGACAACACAGCCACCAUGUUGGGCAGCUUCUCAGGUACCACUGUCCCAGCCUUGCUCAACAGUACCUCUAACCAGCUCUAUUUGCACUUCUACUCCGACAUCAGUGUCUCUGCUGCUGGAUUUCACCUGGAGUACAAAACUGUGGGUCUCUCCAGCUGCCCAGAACCUGCUGUCCCCAGUAAUGGCUUGAAAAUUGGUGAAAGAUACCUGGUGAAUGAUGUGGUCUCCUUUCAGUGUGAGCCAGGAUAUGCUCUCCAGGGACACUCUCAUAUUUCCUGCAUGCCUGGAACUGUGCGACGCUGGAACUAUCCACCUCCACUUUGUAUAGCCCAGUGUGGAGGAAUCUUAGAAGAGAUGGAAGGUGUCAUCCUGAGCCCUGGCUUUCCUGGAAACUACCCUAGCAACAGUGAUUGUACCUGGAAGAUAUCCUUUACUGUGGGAUUUG